AGAAGACGAUAAUUAAUUUAAAUAUACUUAAAUAUUGAAUUACAAACGGCGAGUGAGCGAGAAAGAUUGAAGAAAAAUAAGCAUAAAGAGGAGGAGGAGGAAGAAAAUUGAAUGAACCUUUUUUUUAACCUAUUAAAAAGGUUUCCGAGAUUUUUAUACUCACUUCAUCUCAAUAUAAUGACUAUUUGAUGUUGAACAAAUAAAAGCUUAAAAAAUUAUUCUACUUGACUAUAUGUGCAUAUACAUAGUGCUGUUGAAAUACAAUAACAAUAAUAACAAUAAUUAAAUAUAUUUACACACAUACGUGUAGCUACUAUAAAUGAGAAGAAAAUCUUAGCAAGGCCAAACGCAUGAAAGAUAACAUGUUUCACUUUUAAUGUUGUAGCUAAUAGCAGCAAGUAGUAGCACCAAAAAGACAAUUUUUUUUCUCUCCCUCUAAAUAAGUAUUUCGACGACAAGUCAGAGAGACUGCAAUCAUAAUUUUCAUAUUAAAGUGAAAAAGGAUAUCCACAUCGAGACAUAUAGAGACUGAAUCAUUUUACAUAAGGAUAUAAAUUUCAAUUAUUUCAGUGCAUAUUCAAGAAGAACUUUAGUGAGUGUGUGUGUAUGAAAAAUAAUAAUAUAAAUAAAUGAGUUAUUGAGUUCAUAUACUGAUUAUUCAUAUAAUAUAUUAUAAGCUAGCAAGUAGCUUUUGCUGAAACCAGAGAGGCGAAAGAAAAAAAAUAACAGAAGAACACGAAGAAAAAUAACAGAGUAACAUAAAGUGGAGAUUAAUAAAAUUUAUUUGCCAAUCAACAUGACCUUACCAGAAACAAACGAAGAACAGCGAGGGGAAGAGGAGUUUUUUUCAGAGAAUGAUGACGAUGAAACAAGGACAUUUAGACGAGCAAAAAAUAAGCUCUCAAUGAUAUCAAAUGAGUUAAGAAUGCGUGAAAAGCGAAAAAGAGUGUUACAAAUGUGUCUUAGAAAGCUGGAACGUAUAAAAGAUUCCGAAAAUAAUUUAAGAAUUUCCGUAAUUAUUCACAAUACAUAUUCGCGUUUAACGGCAGAUAUUAAGCGUGAUAAACAAAGGGGCCAGAAUAGAUAUCAACAGCAACAGCAGCAGCAGCAACAAAAUUACAAAGAAUCACAACAGAAAAACCAAAAUUCACCAAAGACAGAUAUGGAGAGGAAAUUGGAUUUAGAUAAUUUAGAGGAAUUAUGUUCAAUAGACAGUCCAAUUCAUGAUCCAAUACUAAAAAACUCCGAAGAGAUUGAGCAAGCACUAUCAAGAAAGCGAAAGGCAGAAGUAGAGCAGGCACUAUUGUCAUACCAUCAGUUAGAAAAACGUCUCAAGUCAGACGCGUUUCACGAUAUAUCUGAAGGUCAAAACGACUUAAGCAUGCAUUGCAACAACAACAAUAAUUUACUUAAUAGUUUUCAAUGUGGCAAAGCAGCAGCUCUUGAUUCAUCCAACGGAAUCUUCCAAUCGCUCGUCGUCAAAUCGCUAGAAACAUGAAAACAAUAAGAGAGAUGGAACAAAAAAAAAAUAAAAGUUAUCAUGGCUCUAACUCUAACUAGU